CCCGUUAAUCGCCGUUGCUCCCGUUAAUCGCCGCUGGCAGCGAUAAAAGCCGAGCCCCGGGAGCCCAGCCUCCCCUCGGCCUCCUCCGCCUCUCCUGCCCCGCGGGCGAUGCGCGGCGCGGCGGCGGAGUGAAGGAGCGGCGCCUUCUCCGUCCUCAUCCUCCUCUUCCUCCUCCUCGCCGCCGCCACCAUGGGCGACUGCGGCGCGCCCGAGGACGUGAACUCCAACGUGCUGGUGUCCCGCAGCACCGGGGACGCGCAGCUGGACAAGGCCGUGUGGCAGUGGCUCAGCUGGGACAAGAACCACAAGACGAAGGAGCAGAUCGAGAGGCUGCUGCAGGACGGCAAGCACGGGGAGCUGCGCGAGCGCCUGUGCCACCGGCUGAGCUUCGGCACGGCCGGCCUGCGCUCGGCCAUGGGCGCUGGCUUCUGCUACAUCAACGACCUCACCGUCAUCCAGUCCACACAGGGCAUCUACACGUACCUGGAGAGGAACUUUUCAGACUUUAAGCAGAGAGGCUUUGUUGUUGGAUAUGACACACGAGGUCAGGUCACCAGCAACUGCAGCAGUAAGAAGCUUGCAAAGCUCACUGCAGCAGUCCUGCUGGCAAAGGAUGUGCUGGUGUACUUCUUCUCCACCUACGUCCCUACCCCCUUUGUGCCCUACGCCGUGCAGCAGCUGGGGGCCGUGGCUGGGGUGAUGAUCACAGCCUCCCACAACCGCAAGGAGGACAACGGCUACAAGGUUUAUUGGGAAAAUGGAGCACAGAUCACCUCUCCUCACGAUAAGGAAAUUAUAAAAUGCAUAGAAGAGUGUGUGGAGCCAUGGAGUGGCUCUUGGAACGAAAAUCUGGUGGACACCAGUCCCCUCAGGCAGGACCCUCUGAAGAAAAUUUGUGACAGCUACAUGGAGGACCUGACCAAGAUCUGCUAUCAUAGGGAGCUGAACGUGCAGAGCAGUUUGAAGUUUGUGCACACCUCUUUCCACGGAGUGGGCCACGACUACGUGCAGAUGGCCUUCAGAGCCUUUGGCUUCCAGCCCCCCAUCCCAGUUCCUGAGCAGAAGGACCCAGACCCCGACUUCUCCACGGUCAAGUGCCCCAAUCCUGAAGAAGGAGAGUCUGUGCUGGAGCUGUCUCUGAGGCUGGCAGAGAAAGAAGGUGCCAAAAUAGUAGUGGCCACUGAUCCAGAUGCAGAUCGGCUGGCAGUGGCAGAACAGCAGGAAAAUGGCUGCUGGAAGGUGUUCACGGGCAAUGAGCUGGCAGCCCUGUUUGGCUGGUGGAUGUUCUCCUGCUGGAAGGAGAGCUGCUCCCAGGAUGCCGACGUGAGGAAUGCCUACAUGCUGGCAACCACGGUCUCCUCCAAGAUCCUGAGGGCAAUUGCACUUAAAGAGGGGUUUCACUUUGAGGAAACACUCCCUGGUUUUAAAUGGAUUGGAAGCAGAGUGAAAAAUCUCCUAGACAAUGGAAAAGAAGUUCUCUUUGCAUUUGAGGAGUCUAUUGGCUUCAUGUGUGGCACAUCAGUGCUGGAUAAGGAUGGAGUGAGUGCAGCCGUGGUCAUUGCAGAAAUGGCAACUUACCUGCAGGGCCAGGGCCUGAGCCUGGCACAGAAACUCAUUGACGUUUAUGAAAUGUAUGGGUAUCACAUCUCCAAGACCUCCUAUUUCCUGUGCUACGACCCUGCCACCAUCAAGAGGAUAUUUGAGAGGCUGCGGAACUUCGAGGGCCCCGAGUCGUACCCCAAGUGCUGUGGGGCUUACGGCAUCCUGCACGUCAGGGACAUCACCACGGGCUAUGACAGCAGCCAGCUGAACCACAAGUCUGUGCUGCCAGUGAGCAAGAGCAGCCAGAUGAUCACGUUCACCUUCCAGAACGGCUGCAUGGCCACGCUGCGCACGAGCGGCACCGAGCCCAAGAUCAAGUACUACGCUGAGAUGUGUGCUCUGCCCGGGCACAGUGACAGAAGCGUGCUGGAAGAAGAGCUGCAGAAGCUGAUAGAGGCUCUGAUUGAGGAUUUCCUGGAGCCUGCCAAGAACGGGCUGACCUGGCGCUCCGCGUAGAGCCCGGGCCAGGGGAGGCUUUGGAACAAAGGACCCCCGAGCAGAACCAGUCUCAUCUCUGUGUCUGUGUGUGUGUGUUUUAAACAGCUGCGUGCUUUUUCUGUGCAGAGGAAGCUUUCUUUUGUCAGGCUUUUCACCAAACUGGGACAAGGAGAGGAGGUCAGAGGAAAGGGUGGGAUUUAUUGCUGCAGUUCUCAGUCCUUUUGACCAAAAGUUUAUUUCACCCACACCAAUGCAAAUGAGCUGCCCGGGUACCUUUGAGGCAGCUGAGCUUAGCUGCCACAUCUUGUCUUAAAACUCAGUUCAGGUACCUGAAACACCUCUUUUUUUGUGUGAGAAAAGGUUUUAAAGUUUUGAAGGAGUGAUCGCUCCACACUGACAACAAAGGCUGCUUCUUCCCUGCAGCUCUGAGACCUUCCUUACAGGUCUGCACUUCCAAAAGCAUCCAAGCAGAGCUCAGCAUUUCUUGUGUAGGCAAAUUGUUGGCAUUUUUCAGCUACUUAAGAGUUCUUCUGUUGGUAAAGGUGUUCUUGGGCAUUGUAGCUUUCCAGUGUGUGUCUUAAAAUAAUUGGCAGUGAAACAAUAGUGGCAACAGCUGCAGCCUGGGGUUGGAAUUGCCUGGUGCCUUUCCAAAGCUUCCAAAGGAGCAGGAACUUGGUCAUCCCUUGGUAAAACUGCCCCUCCUGACUACCACAGGCUCUGUAGCUACUUUUUGUCCCACAUCUCUGCAGGGUCUUAAGCUUUCUUGAUUUUCCGUAUUCACUAUUUGAUUUAAAUGCUGGUCAGUGACUUUUUGGUUUUUGCUGGCCUGUAUUUAUAUUGUCUGUGUAUUAAAAAAAAAAACAACAAAAAGAAAACCAAGGAAGAAAGUGAAGAGAAGACGAACACAGUUACUAAAUUGUGAUUUCUUAAAUUUUUUUUGGUCGUGUUCUGUCAGGUAAUUUGUUAGAAUAGCACUUUGCAAAUACUGUUAUUCAAGGGUAAAUUUUUAACAGCUUCUCUCAUUUGUUUUCUCCCUUUGCUGAAAUAGCAAGUGGGACUUGAAAUCACAUUUUCCAAAAAGACCACCUAAGCCAAUACUCAAGUUCUCCUUGUGGUUAUAUUGGAUUUGGGCAAUAAAGGCCCUGUUUUGGCACAGGGGAGCUGAUUCUGGAGGCUCCCUGCUGUCACUGGCAGCAAGGAAAGAGAAGCAGCAGCAAUUCAGUGCUGGGUUUCAUCUGUGUGGAGGUGAUGGGAGAAGAGCCCAAGGUGCCCUGGAGUUGAAGCUGUUGUUUUGCCACUAUUGCUGCCUCUCCAAACUGACCCUCCCUCUGCUGGUGCCCUCGCAGCUGGAUGCCACAGGAUGGCACAGGGUGGGUUGGUGUGUCUUGCCUCUCCAUGGCUUCAGAGAGCCCUGAGGGUUGGGGGCUUCCUGCUGCCAGCAGCUUUGCACUAUGUCCAUGGAGAAGUCUUUCAGUGUCUAUGAAUGUACGUGUGCUAGAGAAGGUCUGUGUUGCACAAGUUCUGACCUGUCACUGCUAUUUAUUUAUUUUUUAUUUCAAGAGAAAGUAUCUCCAAAUUGUUCUGCCAGUGAGUGAAAUGUAGCUCAUGCCAAAAGCUUGGGUUUCUUCUACCUUGACUGUACAUUUGACUGACACGGUGGGGAAAACAGGCAAACCCAGACACACUCAGAGGAUGCUUUUGUUGCUGUCUGUGCUGGGUAGGGCUGGGAAGGCAUUUCUGACUGCUGCUUUGCCUUCAGCUCUCCCAGAAAGGGUGCGGAUGUGGAUCCCCACUGCACUGAACUCAAAGGAGCUCUUGCCAUUCCUUCCAUUGGCAGCAGGGUAAACCCUGAGGCAAUGAGGAUUUUGUUCUCCAGGCAGUGAAGAGAACAAGUGACUUGGGACAUAAUUUUGAACAAACACUGUAAAAAGCAUAGUGUGUGUGUGUGUGGUGAGCCCAGCUGUGUGUUAUUGUGUCUUGUGAGUGAUGGCUGUGCUCCCACAAAGAGCAGGAAUCUGCAGCUUCCCAGAGAUCUGCUUUGUGUCAGUAGGCAAGCGCUAGAAACGGAGAAAAUGUUUUCAAAGCAGCGUUGUUAGAAGCUGUUCCCAGUCUAACUAUCCUUGAUUAAAGAAGAAAUCCCAGCUGUGGGGUGUUUUGUGUCUGGGGUUUUCCCCACGGGUAGGUCUGACAGGAGCUGUAGCUGUAGUGAUGCUUUGGGGAGGGAGGACAGCAGCAGGCACCACGUGUUGAAUGUACUUUCGGGGUAUAAUUACUAUUUGCUGUUUUGAAACUGCUGCUACUGUUGUUUUCCUACUGUAUUGGAACUGUUUGAUAUAUUUAUACUGUUCCAUUUGUGGAACUCCUUUAUCUCCCCCCUCUGAUCUCGCAUCCCUUACUUCUGUUACUGUGAAGGACUGGAAUUCUCGUUUCCUUGCCCUGUAACUUUGUAAUGCAUCGUGGUAGAGUUCACUCGGUUUGUGCACAGCCUCCCUCGAGCUGUCAGCUGUUCUUUCCCACCUCUCAGAUGAGAACAAAGGCCUUUCUGACCUGAGUGCAAAGCAGGUCACAGAUCAAAGGGCGCCGUGGAUGUUGUUGCUGAGGUGCUUCCAGGUACAACACACCUUGUCAAAGCUGGGCAGUGGCUGAAGCUGUGGUCGUACAGCCACUGUGUUGGGUUUAGUGUUGGAUAAAAUCCUGAGGGCUGGGGUUUGUCCCCUGGCUGUGACAGGUUUAAUUGUCGCUCAGCUCUGCUCAGGUAGCACUUUGCGAGCUCUCAGAGUUCAGGGCUCUGGUUACCUGCAUGCCCACCACGUCCCUGGUGCUGCUCCCUGGCUCAGCACUCUGUGUGCCCUCCCUGCCAGGCUCCUGAGGGAGCUGGGGGUUCCAGCUCCCAUUUCCUUGCAGAAGUGUUGGUGUGACACUGGUGGAAGCCAGGAGAGGAGCGCUGGGGCCUGUCCCCUGGGCAGCGUGGGAUGUGUGCGCUGCCUCAGGAAGCACCUGGAUGGUCUCUAAUUUUAAAACUGGUAUCACUUUGUUUUGUCUUCCCCUUUUUGUCCUCUCCCCAGCUAAGAGGGGGCUCCUUGCAUGGUGGCACCUGGGUGGUUGCAGUCCAGCUUGAUUCCCUCUGCUCAAGGAUGGCUUUGUACAGGUGACUGAAGCAUCUCAAGCUGCAUCAUUCCCCUUGCCUGGAACCUGGGGGAGUUCUGGAUCUGUACUGCUGUUUACCUGGUGUCUGUUCUGUAAAACUGGGGCGUAUUACAAAUACAGAGUGAGAAUUUGCACUUUUCUGAAGACUUUCUGUGUGCUGCUAUGUGGAUUUAGCUGAAUGAAGUGUUAUAAGUAAUAAACUAUUCCCUUCGUAGUCUCA